AUAAUGCUCCACUGCAUUUCCCGGCGCUGCGCGCCCUCUUCCCUCCCUGCCAGAUAGUGCGCCCCGCCCCGGCCCGCCCCCGGGAAGGUUCUGGGCGUGCGCGGUGCAUUGUGGGGGGCCGGGAGCAGCAGCCGCCGCGAUGAUGCCCACUCCGGUUAUCCUGCUCAAGGAGGGCACGGACACGUCGCAGGGCGUCCCGCAGCUGGUCAGCAACAUCAACGCGUGCCAGGUGAUCGCCGAGGCCGUGCGCACCACGCUGGGCCCGCGCGGCAUGGACAAGCUCAUCGUGGACGACCAGGGCAAAGCCACCAUCUCCAACGACGGGGCCACCAUCCUGAAGCUGCUGGACGUGGUCCACCCUGCCGCCAAGACCCUGGUGGACAUCGCCAAAUCCCAGGAUGCAGAGGUGGGUGAUGGCACCACAUCUGUGACCCUGCUGGCAGCUGAGUUCCUGAAGCAGGUGAAGCCCUACGUGGAGGAGGGGCUGCAUCCCCAGAUCAUCAUCCGCGCCUUCCGCACGGCCACGCAGCUGGCUGUGAACAAGAUCAAAGACAUCGCAGUCUCCGUGAAGAAGGAGGACAAGGAUGAGCAGAGGAGUCUGCUGGAAAAGUGUGCAGCCACAGCCCUGAGCUCCAAGCUCAUCUCCCAGAGCAAGGAGUUCUUCUCUAAAAUGGUCGUAGAUGCUGUGAUGAUGUUGGAUGACUUGUUGCAGCUCAAGAUGAUUGGAAUAAAGAAGGUGCAAGGAGGAGCUUUGGAAGACUCACAGCUGGUGGCUGGAGUUGCCUUUAAGAAAACCUUUUCCUACGCUGGGUUUGAGAUGCAGCCCAAGAAGUACCAGUCCCCCAAAAUCGCCCUGCUCAACGUGGAGCUGGAGCUCAAAGCUGAGAAGGACAACGCCGAGGUCAGGGUCAACACGGUGGAGGAUUACCAGGCCAUCGUGGACGCAGAGUGGAACAUCCUCUACGACAAGCUGGACAAGAUCCACAAGUCAGGAGCCAAGGUGGUGCUGUCCAAGCUGCCCAUCGGGGACGUGGCCACGCAGUACUUCGCAGACAGGGACAUGUUCUGUGCCGGCCGCGUCCCGGAGGAGGAUCUCAAGAGGACCAUGAUGGCCUGUGGGGGAUCCAUCCAGACCAGUGUCAAUGCCCUGACAGAUGAUGUGCUGGGCCGCUGUGAGCUCUUUGAGGAGACCCAGAUUGGAGGAGAGAGGUACAACUUCUUCACGGGCUGCCCCAAGGCCAAGACGUGCACCAUCAUCCUGCGCGGGGGCGCCGAGCAGUUCAUGGAGGAGACGGAGCGCUCGCUGCACGACGCCAUCAUGAUCGUCAGGAGAGCCAUCAAGAACGACUCGGUGGUGGCGGGCGGCGGCGCCAUCGAGAUGGAGCUCUCCAAGUACCUGCGGGACUAUUCCCGCACCAUCCCGGGCAAGCAGCAGCUGCUGAUCGGCGCCUACGCCAAGGCCCUGGAGAUCAUCCCCCGGCAGCUCUGCGACAACGCCGGCUUCGACGCCACCAACAUCCUCAACAAGCUGCGGGCCAAGCACGCACAGGGCGGGAUGUGGUACGGCGUGGACGUGACCAACGAGGACAUUGCGGACAAUUUCUCGGCGUGCGUGUGGGAGCCGGCCGUGGUGCGCAUCAACGCGCUGACGGCGGCCUCGGAGGCCGCGUGCCUGGUGGUGUCCGUGGACGAGACCAUCCGCAACCCGCGCUCCACCGUGGACGCCGCCCCGGCCCGCGGCCGCGGCCGCGCCCGGCCCCACAACCACUGAGGGUCACUCGUUAACCCUGCCUGUCAGCGGCUGCUCCUCACACCCAAACCCUGCCUCGGCCCAAGCCCUGCCUCGGCAGCGGCUGCUCCACACAGCCCCAGGCCAGGUUCACUCGGGGGCAGCUCCCGCAGCCACAGCCCCUGAGCUGCCCCGCCCUGCCCAGCGCUCCCCGCCCAGCGCGGCUCCCUGAGCUGGCCUGGGCACUCCCUCCCCUGGGGGCAUUCCCUCAUUGCCUUCUGGAGGAUAUUCCCUUCCCUGGGGGCAUUCCCUCAUUCCCUUGGGGGAGGAUAUUCCCUUCCCUGGGGGCAUUCCCUCAUUCCCUUUGGGGAGGAUAUUCCCUCCCCUGGGGGCAUUCCCUCAUUCCCUUGGGGGAGGAUAUUCCCUCCCCUGGGGGCAUUCCCUCAUUCCCUUGGGGGAGGAUAUUCCCUCCCCUGGGGGCAUUCCCUCCUCCAGACUGGAGCCAGUGCAGGGAGGGGCUUGGGGCCUAUUUAUACUGGUUUGGUUUUUGUCCUGCUGGGCACUUGGAACCCAGGCUCCAGCACAAUAAACGAGUUUGUGUCGGGGGCAG